UGAAAAAAAUGACCCCACUAGUAUCCUGGAAACGUGAGUCUUCCACUCUGCGACAGCCGUCGCUUUGUUCUGACAUAUUUUUUCUCGUCUUGCAAAACUAUCUAAAAAAAGAAAAAUGUCCCUCUAAUAACCACAACCCUCCCGCUUUCUGACAAAAAGAAGAAGUGCAGAUCUUGCAACGGUCCACUUCUCUGCCUCUAAACUUCACUUACACUGACCAGUAAACCCACAGUGGCUGUUUGACUCCGAGAUUAACAAAGUAAGUACCGCUGACAAUAAACAGCAAACACAUAAAUAAUGGUGGAAGAAGAGAAUUAUGUGACAGUGAUAUUUCAGACAAAGAGAGAUCCAACAUACGUGACGCCAAAAGACACAGAAACAAUCUACGACGAGGUGAACACUGAGGACAGGAAAUUGGAUGCAUCCCUUGUAAUAACAGAGAAUAAAGAGUUAGCUCCACCCUGUAGUCGGCUUGCGUUGGUUGUGACUGUUCUGGUGAUUAUUUGCCUCAUCUUGGUGUCAGUCAUCAUCGGCCUCAACUUCCGCUUUAACACAGUGAUGAGUGAGCAGCAGCGAGAAAUGGCCAACAUCACAGCACAGAACCUGCAGCUGAUGACACAGAAAACAUCCUCAGAGCGACAGACAGAGGAGCUGACCAGACAGAGAGACCAACUCAACUGGACCAUCGGAGUCAUCAUGGAAUAUCAGGAAUUUUCAGUGGAAAAACACUGCCCACAGAAAGUGUGUAAACCUUGCCUGGAUGGCUGGGUGCUGUUUCAGUCAAGCUGUUACUUUUUUUCCCAACAUCAAUAUUCGGUUUAUUGGAGGAGCUGGGAUCAAAGUCGUGAUCAAUGCAAAAUGUAUCAGGCGGCUCUGGUAGUGAUCGAAAGUCAGGAAGAACAGGAAUUUAUCAGCAACCACACUAAGGACUACCACGCUGAUGAUAAGCACGGCUACUGGAUCGGUUUGAGAGCAGAGAGCCCAAAGGACACGUGGACGUGGGUAGAUGGAAGUAACCUCACUGUGACGUACUGGAAAAUGCAACAAGAUGUCAACAGAAGAUAUUGUGCUUUAAGCCUACCAAAAGCGCCCCCUCUGGCCAACUGGGGCAAAGAGAGCUGUGACAUGAGAAACUGUUGGAUCUGUGAAAGACGAGCGUUAAUUAAAGCAGAUUAGGAAUCAGUCCCAGUAAUAGAAUUGUUAUUUAAUGUGACAGUAACUCCUUGUGUUUUUUGAAUUAAAGGCAAUGAGUUUUUUUUUCUGUGUCAAACUGAUUUUGUAAAAAAUAAGUAAUUUCUUUGUUUUGAUUUAUGUUCAGUUACAUUUUGAAACAAAUGCUGCAGAAUCACACACCACGUUUGAGCUGCACUGCAAAAGCAUUUGUACUUUUUUGUAAUCAUAUGUGCUCUUUUGUCAUUACUAUGGGAUUUCUAAUGUAUUAGAUGGCAAAAGAAACAUAUUCCGAUGCAUGUAAAUGCAGAGACAGGCAUGAAUGUGUUUAUGUUACUAUUUAUUACAGUUUUUGCCCGUUGCUUGAACACUAUAAACCCAUGCUUAGACUAAAGUAACACAACGUGAAG